AUGGAUAACUUCAAUGUUGUUGCCAAUGAAGACAAUCAAGUGAAUGAUGUGAAGCCUCCACCACCCCCACCGCGAGUGUGUGCAAGAUGUGAUUCUGAUAACACAAAAUUUUGUUACUACAACAAUUAUAGUGAGUUUCAACCGCGCUACUUCUGCAAGAACUGUCGAAGAUACUGGACUCAUGGUGGGGCUUUAAGAAACGUACCAAUUGGUGGGAGUAGUCGUGCCAAGCGGACAAGGAUAAAUCAACCUUCAGUUGCUCAGAUGGUUUCUGUUGGAAUCCAACCAGGUAGCCAUAAACCUUUCUUUAAUGUUCAAGAAAAUAAUGACUUUGUUGGAUCUUUUGGUGCUUCAUCUUCAUCUUUUGUUGCUGCUGUAGGGAACCGUUUUAGUUCUUUGUCUCAUAUUCAUGGUGGUAUGGUAACAAAUGUGCAUCCAACUCAAACUUUUCGACCAAAUCAUCGCCUAGCUUUCCAUAAUGGAUCAUUUGAGCAAGAUUAUUAUGAUGUUGGGUCUGAUAAUCUUUUGGUAAACCAACAAGUUGGUGGAUAUGUUGAUAAUCACAACGGUUAUCACAUGAAUCAAGUGGAUCAAUACAACUGGAACCAGAGCUUCAAUAACGCUAUGAACAUGAAUUAUAAUAACGCUAGCACUAGCGGAAGGAUGCAUCCUAGUCAUUUAGAGAAGGGUGGUCCUUGA